AAUAUGGUACUUGAAUACCAUUCUGGCAGGCCUGGAUUUCUGGGUGCUCUUGGUGAGCUAGAUUGUGCGGUAGAUAAUAAAGUAUACUCUGAUGGAUUCAUUGGAAAAGGGCCUAAAAUUGAUGGUGAUAAAAGCCCAAAGUACUAUGAAUUCUUCGGAUAUGCUGUAUUAUCUACUUCACUGUGUCAAAUGUUUGUCAUGGCUAACCCCCAUGAAGAGAGUCCAUCAAUAGUCCCCAAUGCCCAAUAUCAGUGGACAGUACUUCCAUUUGGCCUCAUAUUGUAAUGUUUCUUAAAAACAACUGAAAUUGUAUUACUCUGAUAAACAUGUAUAACUAAUUGGAUAUAUAAACUAUGGAGAAGUUAUUGUGCGAUAUAAGUAUUAUGUUAUUAAUAUUUAAUGAUAUACUAAAUCGUAUAGAUAGAUACAAGUACAUUAACUCACAUUUCAUUAAGAAAGUUUUAAUUAAGAAUUGUUUAUAUAUACAUUUCAAUCAAAUUUAAUUUUCUCAGAAUCCAAACCAACCCAAGCAUUUUAAAAAUAAAACUAGAAUGACCUAAGCUCUUUUAACUUCCAAAUUCAGUAUGUUUUAUAUUAUUUAAGUACAAGUAAGGUGUGUAAAGUAGGUAGGUAUGUUCCUUAUAUGCAUCAUAAACGAUUGAACAAAAUAAAUAAAAUAUAACAACCAACAAAUGAACAACCUUAGCAGUGUCCUAUGCCUUAUCGCCUUUCACAAAAAUAUGAAAAUACAAAUAUUAAAAAACACAAUAAUCUUCAACCAUUGUAGCAAUUGUCACAACACAGACUAAUGGGGAGAUUGUUUGUGGUGAAUCUGGAAGGAAAGAUCUAUAGCUGCAAACACUGUCAUACCCAUCUUGCUCUUUACGAUGACAUCUACUCAAAGACAUUCCACUGCAGACAUGGGAAAGCUUAUCUCUUCAAUAAGGUUGUGAAUGUUUCUAUUGGAGAAAUGGAGGACAGACAGAUGAUAACAGGGUUACAUACCGUGGCUGACAUUUUCUGUGUGGGUUGUGGAUCGAUUGUGGGUUGGCAAUAUGAAACUGCCUAUGAAAAAAACCAGAAGUACAAGGAAGGAAAAUCCGUGCUUGAACGGUACAAAGUGUCAGGUCCGGAUGGAAGCAAUUAUUGGAUGAGUCAUGAGGCACAUGUUGGUGGAAGUGAUGCAGAUGAUGCUUAGUCAUCCUACCAUUCACAAUUGUACAUUCCCCAACCCUGUGUUGUUCGAUGAGUUUAGCUUUAUGGGGGAAAUUUCACAAAAACAACACAUUGUCAAAUUCUGUUGUCAAUAACGUUAUUUAAGUACAUCUAAUUCUUGGUUUAAUGCUUUAUUUUAAAAUAAAAAACCGAUUCAAACUUCUAAUGUAUCCUGUUUUUUUAA